CCUCUGCCAGCCCAGUAGGUUUGGGGCCCCUUCACUGGGUCCCCUUCACUGGGGCCCCCCAGGUCACUGGGGAACAUCUUCACCAGCCUGUGCUGGUGACCUGGACUGCCAGGGACGGUGCCAUGGGGUUCCUCAACAUCUUCACCAUGGGUGAGCUGGUGGCAAUCACGAUGGUGGUGCUGCAGCUCAUCCUGGUCACUGCCAUGCUACGGGACAAGUGUCUGUGGAGGAUCCGUCAGAACUCAGAGCAUCCAAGCACAGCGAGAGGCCGGCUGGAGGGGCAGAGCAACGUGGACAGGGCACAGAGAUCAGCAGACACUGAGCUGCCCCAUGGCAGCACCCCACGCAGUUCCAUGAGCUCCAGGAGGCAUUUCCCAAGGUUCAUCCGAAGCUCUCGGGACUCCCAGGCGCUCUUCGAGGAGCACCGCAAGGAGCUGGAGGCACAGCUGGCCCAGUGGCCAGUGGUGCAGAGGGGCUGCGGGGCGGCCCAGACUGAGGUGCCCGCAGAGCCGGGGCUGCUGGGGGGCAAAGAGUCGCCGCAGGGCCCUGGAGAGGAGCGGCCGAAGGCGGGCACGGACAACGCACCCAAGGAGGACAAAGCCAAGGCCGCGGGACGAAGCAGCAGCAGCUCCCCGGAGCUGGACGGCGGCAGCUCCCCGGCCGCGGCCUGGUUCAUCCCCAGGGAUGUGGUGAUCGCCGAGGCCGCGGGCUCGGAGGGCAGCAGCAGCAGCAGCAGCUCCCUGGGGCUGGAAUUCAGCAUCCCGAGCUCCGACCCGUGGUGGGGCCCGGCACAGCCGCCCGCCCACCCGCCGCUGCCCGCGGGCCGGGAGCCGGGCCGGGCCCUGGGGAAGCUCCGCGCCCGGCUCGGGGGCUGCCUGGGGGCCUGGUGGAGCCGCUGCUGCCGCCGCCGCUGA